AUGGCUGCUGAUAUUUCAUGGGAAGAAAUAAAGAAGGAGAACGUUGAUCUUGAGAAGAUUCCGGUGGACGAAGUGUUCCAACAGCUAAAAUGCUCAAGGGAAGGUCUGUCAUCAGAGGAAGGAAGAAACAGACUCCAGAUCUUUGGGGCCAACAAACUGGAAGAGAAAGUGGAAAACAAGUUCCUAAAGUUCUUAGGGUUUAUGUGGAAUCCACUUUCAUGGGUGAUGGAGGCAGCAGCAAUCAUGGCCAUCGUGUUGGCAAACGGUGACGGAAGACCCCCGGAUUGGCAAGACUUCGUUGGGAUCAUGUGUCUGCUUAUUAUAAAUUCAACAAUCAGUUUCAUUGAGGAGAACAACGCAGGUAAUGCCGCGGCUGCUCUCAUGGCCAAUCUUGCACCUAAAGCAAAGGUAUUGAGAGAUGGUAAAUGGGGAGAGCAAGAAGCUGCAAUGCUGGUGCCAGGUGACUUAAUCAGCAUUAAGCUGGGUGAUAUUGUUCCAGCGGAUUCUCGUCUCCUCGAAGGUGAUCCUUUAAAAAUCGACCAGUCUGCACUCACCGGUGAAUCUCUACCCGCCACUAAAUAUCCGGGAGACGAGGUCUUCUCUGGCUCCACUUGUAAACAGGGUGAGAUCGAGGCCGUUGUCAUCGCCACCGGUGUGCAUACCUUCUUUGGCAAGGCUGCUCACCUUGUUGACAGUACUAACAACGUUGGCCAUUUCCAAACGGUCCUAACCGCGAUUGGUAAUUUCUGUAUCUGCUCAAUCGCGAUAGGAAUGUUGAUUGAGAUAAUAGUAAUGUAUCCAAUCCAGCAUAGGAAGUACAGAGAUGGAAUCGACAAUCUUCUUGUCCUUCUCAUCGGAGGUAUCCCAAUUGCCAUGCCAACUGUCUUGUCAGUGACAAUGGCUAUUGGAUCUCAUAGGUUGUCUCAGCAAGGUGCCAUCACAAAACGUAUGACCGCCAUUGAAGAAAUGGCUGGCAUGGACGUUCUUUGCAGCGACAAAACCGGUACCCUCACUCUCAACAAACUAACCGUUGACAAGAACUUGAUUGAGGUUUUCUGUAAAAACGCGGACAAAGAUACAGUGAUACUACUCUCAGCAAGAGCAUCAAGAGUAGAGAACCAAGACGCCAUCGAUGCAUGCAUUGUCAACAUGUUGGGCGAUCCAAAAGAGGCGAGAGCUGGAAUAACCGAAGUCCAUUUCUUACCAUUCAACCCCGUCGAAAAACGUACCGCAAUCACGUACAUCGAUGGCAGUGGAGACUGGCAUAGAUGCAGCAAAGGCGCCCCCGAGCAAAUCAUUUCUCUCUGUGACCUCAAAGGAGAGGCACUAAAACGUGCGCACGACAUCAUCGACAAGUUCGCCGAGCGUGGCCUUCGUUCUCUCGGCGUUGGACGCCAAACGGUUCCUGAAAAGGACAAAGAAAGCGCUGGAACUCCUUGGGAGUUCGUUGGUCUUCUCCCGCUCUUCGACCCUCCGAGGCACGAUAGUGCCGAGACCAUCAGACGUGCGCUUGAUCUUGGUGUCAAUGUUAAGAUGAUCACUGGAGAUCAGUUGGCUAUUGGUAAAGAAACUGGUCGUAGGCUUGGGAUGGGAACUAACAUGUAUCCUUCCUCUUCUUUGCUCGAAAACAAAGAUGAUGCCACCGGUGGAGUUCCGGUUGAUGAGCUCAUUGAGAAGGCGGAUGGAUUCGCUGGAGUCUUUCCUGAGCACAAGUACGAGAUUGUAAGGAGACUCCAAGAAAAGAAACAUAUAGUUGGAAUGACCGGUGACGGUGUGAACGACGCGCCAGCGCUGAAAAAAGCAGACAUUGGUAUAGCAGUGGAUGACGCAACCGAUGCUGCAAGAAGCGCUUCGGAUAUCGUCUUGACCGAGCCAGGUCUUAGUGUGAUCAUCAGUGCGGUGCUCACAAGUCGAGCUAUCUUUCAACGGAUGAAGAACUACACAAUCUAUGCGGUUUCCAUCACCAUUCGUAUUGUCCUAGGCUUCAUGCUCGUGGCUCUCAUUUGGGAGUUUGACUUUUCUCCCUUUAUGGUUCUCAUUAUUGCGAUCCUUAACGACGGGACCAUCAUGACCAUUUCGAAAGACAGAGUCAAGCCUUCUCCGAUUCCUGAUUCGUGGAAGCUUAAAGAGAUCUUUGCUACUGGAGUUGUUCUUGGAACAUACAUGGCUCUCAUUACCGUCCUUUUCUUCUGGCUUGCUCAUGACACUGACUUCUUCCCGCAAAAGUUUGGAGUAAGAUCACUAAAAGGACAACCAGAGGAGUUGAUAGCAGUUUUGUAUUUGCAAGUCAGUAUAAUUAGUCAAGCACUAAUCUUUGUGACACGAUCAAGGAGCUGGUCCUUUGUGGAACGCCCUGGAUUUCUUCUUCUUAUUGCAUUCCUUAUUGCCCAACUGGCUGCAACAUUAAUUGCUGCUUACGCACAUUGGGAAUUUGCGAGAAUCAAAGGGUGCGGAUGGGGAUGGUGUGGAGUCAUCUGGAUUUACAGUAUCAUCACAUACAUUCCUCUUGACGUCCUCAAGUUCAUCACCCGCUACAUCCUUACUGGCAAAGCUUGGAAUAACAUGAUUGAGAAUAGGACUGCAUUCACAACCAAGAAAGACUACGGAAGGGGAGAAAGAGAGGCCCAAUGGGCUCUAGCUCAACGUACACUCCAUGGACUUAAACCCCCGGAGUCAAUGUUUGAAGACAAGGCAACCUUCACCGAGCUCUCUGAGAUCGCUGAACAGGCUAAAAAGCGUGCUGAAGUCGCAAGGCUAAGAGAAGUUCACACUCUCAAAGGCCACGUGGAGUCUGUCGUAAAGCUUAAGGGCCUUGACAUUGACAAUCUUAACCAGCACUACACCGUCUAA